AUGUUUAGUGAAACCAAAUCUCUCGGGCCGGCUUGGGUAAAGGAAUUUCUUCUCCGACAAGAGUCUUUCUGGGAUGUUAAUGACACAGGAAUGGGAUCAUGGAUAUGGCGAAAGCUACUGAAGCUCCGGCCGGUUGCUCGGCAUUUUAUUCGUAUGGAGAUUCAUAAUAGUCAAACAGUUAGAUUCUGGACAGAUAUUUGGCACCCUUUGGGUCGACUCAUAGAUAUCACUGGUGCAGUUGGUACACAGAAGCUUGGAGUUCAGAGAUCAACCCGAGUAUUUGAAGUUUGGGAUGGGAUUAAUUGGAACUUCCGCAGAUGCCGUGAUAGGCAGUUAUGCAACAUGAUCCAACAGAUCGAGCAACACCAUUUGGAUUUUGAUCUCUCUACCCCUGAUGUAGUAUUAUGGAAGAACAGUUCAUCUGAUUAUCGGGAGUGGUUCUCAGCAGUGGAUACUUGGCAUCUAAUCAGACACACGCGUCCCACACAAGAGUGGAGUAAAGUGAUUUGGUUCCCUCAGGGAGUACCUAGGUUCUCUUUUAUAACUUGGCUUGCUGUGAAAAAUAGACUAUCUACGGGGGAUCGUAUGAGGACUUGGGGUCACACCCAGGGCUGUAUCUUUUGCGGUGAACCGAAUGAGACUCGGGACCACCUUUUUUUUGCUUGCCCUUACACGUUUACGGUUUGGAUUGAAGUGGUAGGCACGCUGUUGGGAAGAGACCCGGACCCGUACUGGGAGAACACGCUGGAUCACUUGACACACCACCGGUUUGAUUUCCUUACCUCCAUCCUCAUACGGCUAGUGUUCCAAGUUACUAUCUAUAUGGUUUGGAGGGAGAGGAAUGAUAGGAAGCAUAUGAAGAAUCCAAGACAGGCCAGCCAAUUGGCAAAGGUCAUCGACAAGCCUGUGAGGAACAGGAUCACUUCCACAAAGUACACUCAGAAGCCACGCUUGAGAGGCCUACUUCAGCUGUGGUUCACAGCCCACAUGUAG